AUGCAACAUUGCGCCGAUAUGCCCAGCGUAAUACCACGGCCCAAAGUAUCACGGCGGACCAGCUCAUCCCCCGACAGCCAUGUCUUGAAGCUGCGCGCAUCGGAGGUGUCGCCUCCAAGCCCGUCCAGUCCGUUGAAACUCCAUCGAUCCAACUCGUCCCCACCCAAGUUCUCCCAAACAGCGCGUCUUGUUAAUGCCACAGCUGACAAUUGUGCUGCCACGUCAUCUCGUGUCCGUACAUUUCUUCGGGUACGUCCACCGACAGCUGGGGCGACGACGACGACUUGGCUCAAGUGUCGACCGCUCAAGUCCGGCAAGGUGUUCAUUGACGUGGACCAUCAAAAGCUCUCGGAACGGAAGCAAUAUGUGGUGGACGGGGUGCUCAGGAGCACAUCAACCCAAGAAGACGUGUUCGAGGCGGUGGGGGUUGCCAGUGUAGCCAAUUUUCUAGCUGGGUACAACGGCAGCAUCUUUGCCUACGGAACGUCCGGCUCGGGCAAAACCCACACCAUGCACGGAGAGCUGAACCCUGCAAGCGACGACCGCGGCCUCACCCUUCGGAUCUUGGAUCACCUGUUUGACCAACUGCAACAUUCCGAGUUUACAUGCACAUGUGCGUUUGUGGACAUUUACCAUGAGAAACUGUACGACUUAUUGGACGGUCGCGACAGCGGCCCCAAGUCCCUUCGUGAAAACACGGCGUGUCACCAAGUGUAUGUCCAGAAUUUGGUCGAACAGCCCAUUCGGAGCGCCACCGACGCGUUUCAUUGGCUCGACAUCGGGUGCAAAGCCAGAAAAGCAGCAUCCAACCGCGACAGUUCGCGGUCACACACGGUGUUCUCUAUUCGCCUGACCCAGACAAAGCAAUCCAAGACGGGAACGACCAAGGGCAUGUCGUCGGUGCUGCAUUGCGUGGACUUGGCCGGGUCGGAGCGCCCCAACCACGCGGCCAUGAACUCGGGCGUGAAGGACGCCACGCAGAUCAACAAGUCGCUGUCAAGCUUGGCCAACGUGAUUCUGGCGCUUGGCGACGUGUCCCGUGGCAGCAGACUGCGCCACGUGCCGUACCGCGACUGCAAACUGACGUUUUUACUGCGAGAAGCGCUUGGCGGGAACUCGACGACCACGGUGGUCGCAACCGUGUUGGCGGACGACAAAAAGGGGGUCAGUGACACCCUCGCGACGUUGCAGUUUGUGGACCGCGUCAAGCACGUGACGACGAUGGUGUCUCGGAACGAAUUCUUGGACGACCAAGUGGAGAAUCAAAGUUCAGACGGUCGCAUGGCGACGGACGAGUCGGUGUGGGCGUCGGCCGCUCUCGCCGUCCACCCGAUUCCUGUCAGCCACUUAAUCACCGUACUUGGUGGCGACGGCGACCCCGCCGAGCCUACGAUUUCUACCGACAAAGGGAUCACGUCGGACACUUUGAAGCGAGAUUCAUGGACGCAGAACAGCCCCGAGAAAACCAUCCCAUUGGACCUACACCACCCUUCCACGUUUGCCAUGCACCGUCGAAGCCCCAAUUCACCUUUGCUCGGCAAGGGUACAACAUCCGUGGAGAGAUGUCCUGCUUCUGCCGCAACAGCAUUGGUCUCGGAUGCAGAACCAAGUGACGUUAUCUCGGAUGACGAAGUGGCGGACGUGGUUCAACUGGAUAGUGUUUGCCCAGACAAGUGGGAACUUUCGACACGAUCCGCUGACACAACAUUGACAAAACGAGACUCGUGGGCUCAAGAUGUCGCGACUGACAGCUCCUCAAACACUCCUCCUUCAAGCCCUUCGAACCAGGAUUCAAUAACGAGGUGGCAAUGCGCAGUAUCUGUUCCAGUGCAGGAACGUGACGGGAUUGAAGACGUCGAAGGCGGUGGAGUUGUGAAGGUCACCAUGUCACAGCCACCAGACACCAUCCAACUGCAGCCCAGUGCUACCCACGACUCUGCUGUGGCUACUACAGCUACUGACGUGGCAGUUCCAUCCAGCAGCGCACCACCACCGCCACCACGACAGGUUUUAUCAGUAUGUGCGUGCGUCUCAGCACUUGAAGCCAGCCAUUACGACACGACGCCCCUACCCUCCAGUAAGCCCGACAAAACGCUGACUUCAAUAGCAGCAGCAGAAGCAACCCCAGUCACACAAGACUCGUCGACCCAAGCAGGUGACGGCCUCGUACAAGAGGAAGUUGAGAAACCAUCUGUCAAGGAUGAUGCCGCCAUCUCUGGUAUGGCGCUAUUCGUGGUGGGACUGUGCCUGGGGGGUUGCACGGUAGGCUUGAUCGUGUACUUCAAGCAAGGGAGAUAACGUAUUAUUAUUGGAUCGGCUUCGUGCUGUUACAUGAAGGCAUGUGUAUGUGUGUUUUUGGAGGGGCUGAGUUAAGGUUUCGUGGUGCUGGCUGGUGUGGGGAUCAGCGUAGGGAUGUCGUCUUCCCAGGGAGACAGCGUCGGUCGAGGGUCGUCCAUUGGUAUGUAGUCCACGGUGCUUUCUUGCAGGAGGCGGUGGUGUGCGACAACUGGACCCAUCGUUGCCCACACAAGCCACGCGGUCGAAGCGCCAACGAGUAGGCGACCCUUCAUGGUGACUGUUACAAAGUUGAGCUUUCCAUGAACAGAAACGACGCCCUUCAUGCUGAUUUGAGUUGGGAUCUUAUGAAGCCAUGACUGCGCGCUCCAACAAAUUUGGAGCCGAUGAGCUCAACUCGGCAGUGACCUUGAUGCGGAUGGGAAGACAAAGUAUACAAAACAC